AUGGUAACUUCACAAACUUUGGCAACCGCUCGCAAAGACAUAAGAUAUAGAACUAAGAAACGUAACCAUGAAAAACCAUCCAUAGUUAUCGCUGUGUAUGAUUACUGGCUUAAUAAGCGUGUUCAGUCAAGGCAACCUCUCCUUUACGCUGUUCGACAAGAGCGACGUGACGGUGGUAGUAACACGGAUCCAUAUGUGGCGUUCCGAAGACGGAGUGAAAAGAUGCAAACCCGUAAAAACCGAAAAAGUGAUGAGCAGUCGUACGAAAGGAUGUUGAUCUUAAGAGAACAAAUGGAUUCUCUAGGGGAGAUACUCGGUCGACUUGUCAAACGUGAAGCUACAAAGGAAGCAAUUGUUAACUGUGAUUACAGAUGCUUUCAGCUUAGAUGUAAGCUAUGCGACUGGGAAGGCUCAAGUCUCCUAGAAGCCGAAACUUUAGUGCGGAACCAUCACGAGGAUGAAGGUGUAGUAACUAUGAAGUCUUUGAAAGACAACAAAAGACGUCCUAAUCGCAAGCGCAAACUGGUCAAGAGGUUCAGCAAUCUUCCAAACUCCACAAGUUCCGACGAGGCUUCUGACAAUGAUGAUGAUAAUGAUGAUCAAAGUGGACCAUUCUCUUUUGUUAGAACUCCUGGUUGCCGAUAUUUGAAGCCAAGGUCAUUGCUAGAAGAGUGUUCCACACUUUCCAGUCUCCAUCCUUCCCGCUCACCUUAUUCCUGCUAUACAUUAGCGACAAUUCCACGACUGUGUCAUACAAAGCAUCUUACCUAUACUGGCUAUAUAAGGCGUCGCCUUGGUCGUGGCGGUCGAAUAAUAUGUGAUCGCGUUGCAGCCCCUCGCCACUUUCUGCUUAUCUCCAGUCCUAUGAUGCGGAUUUGAGAUCUAGUGGUUCAGCUAGUCCAAGUCUUAUACCCUCAAACUUUUGCUGGCGACAGUCACAAACAAAAGAUGUUGCUUUGUUUAAUAGACUAAAGACUUCUAUUUUCAGUUCGCAUCGUGAGCGUCCUUCAUUCUCCUGGCCUGUUUCUGAAACUAUCUUCCCACCAAUACCCUUCGAACCCAUACUUAUUGAAUCUAAAGGUUCCACGGAUCAUCGUUCCUCUCCCAUUUUCUACUCGAAGACGGAUUGUCCAACAACUUCGAGGAAGCAUCCGGAUGAUGUGACCAUAGAUGAAGUUGCUCUGGACGCGGGACGUGAGUUAAAUGAUGUUCCGAAUGACGGUUUGUUGAUUCAGGAAAAACAUUCUCCCUUGCACCCUCAGAACGAUCUAAUGCCAAAGAAAUCAGUUAAUGUAUCGUCCGCGGUUAUGAUUCCCAUCACGAAUCCAAAUAUGUGUCAAACCUCCCAGGCCAUAUUGGUGCCGAAGCCUAGCAAUAGUUUGGUAUCAACUCAUCGCCUGUGGCGAAAGCUGGCAAGGCCAUACGGUGUUACACUUCAGCCUUCUGAGUUUCCCAGGUCCCAUAGUGUUGAUGUUUCUUUCAGUAAUUCUAAUGGUAACGGCCUUUCUUCGACGGACAAUAAAAUGUUGCUGACCGAUCCUUCAGUCUUGCCACCACCUAAAGUACGCUGUUUAACUCGUGACUGUGGGUCUAGGGAUUCAAAAGUUCCUGGUCCUCAGCUGCAUGUUACGAAUGGAGUGAGCCCAACACAGAUUUUUCAGCUUCCAACUUAAUCUUUCGAACUUUGCAAUAUGGAAGUUGUCUUUUUAUAGUUCAUUGUUAGCAUUUAACUAAACUCUUCUCAAGUAUUACCUCAUUAUACCUUUUGUGAACAGUUUAUUUGCAAUCCCAGUGGUAUGAUCUUGUAGCUUUUGUAAAGCUUAUUAUUAUUGCGCUUCUGCGCUUCAGUUGUACAUAGGGGCCUUCACGGCCACCCCUUUCAUUUUCCCUGUACACUUUCCCCUUCGCUCCAACGAGCUUGUACAUUUUAUUGGCGCAUAGCGUCGUAUGUCAAUUGAAUCAAUGCAUAAUCUGAAUGAAUUGUUUUCUUUUUAUGUAGUUGUGAUAAAUUUGUUUGUACCUUGGUA